AGAAGGGUCACAGUGUCUGUAUCCCAGAUUAGAGGAACAGGGAAGGCCCAGGCUGCAGAUGGUGGACCUAAGGAACGGGAGCACAGUGGCAGAGUUUAUCCUCGUGGGCUUUGAGCAGAGCUCCUCUUCCACUUGGGCAUUGCUCUUUGCCCUCUUCCUAGCCCUCUACAGCCUUGCCAUGGCCAUGAAUGGCCUCAUCAUCUUCAUCACCUGGACAGACCCCAGGCUCAACAGCCCCAUGUACUUCUUCCUUGGCCACCUGUCCUUCCUGGAUGUCUGCUUCAUCACCACCACCAUCCCACAGAUGCUGAUCCACCUAGUUGUCAAGAACCACAUUGUCUCCUUUGCCUCCUGCUUGACCCAGAUGUAUCUGGUUUUUGGUGUAGGUGUGGCCGAGUGCAUACUCUUGGCUUUUAUGGCCUAUGACCGUUAUGUUGCCAUCUGCCACCCACUCAGCUAUGCCCAGAUCAUGAGCCGGCAGGUUUGUGUGAAGCUAGUAAGUACUGCCUGGUUCUUUGGGCUUAUCAAUGGCAUUCUUCUUGAUUAUAUGACAUUUCGUGGCCCAUUCUGUAGGGACAACCACAUAGAAAACUUCUUCUGUGAGGCCCCCAUAGUGAUCGCUCUCUCUUGUGGAGACCCCCAGUUUAGUCUGAAGAUGAUCUUUGCCGAUGCCAUCGUGGUGCUGCUCAGCCCCAUGGUGCUCAUUGUCAUCUCUUAUGCUCGUAUCCUGGCCUCCAUCCUUGGCAGAGCCUCCUCCUCAGGUCGUGGAAAGACCUUUUCUACUUGCGCUUCCCACCUGACUGUGGUCAUCUUUUUCUACACUUCAGCCAUGUUCUCUUAUAUGAACCCUCGCAGCACACAUGGCCCUGACAAAGACAAGCCCUUCUCCCUCCUCUACACCAUCAUCACCCCCAUGUGCAACCCCAUCAUCUAUAGUUUUCGAAACAAGGAAAUGAAGGGGGCCGUGGUAAGGGCCCUUGGGAAGACCAGCCUGGCCCAGGCGGAGUCUAUCUAGUGGAUCUAGUGUGAAGCCUCCUGGAAGAGAA